UUUCUUUAUUUAUAUAGAUUUUAUCUUUAUUUUUUAUUUGUUUUUUCUCUUAACGACCUUUCUCGCUAUUCUUGGCUAUUGAAUAAUUUCUUGGUUCUUCUUCUUGGCGAUUGUCCCAAAUCUAGGGUUAGGGUUUUCUUUUUAUUUGUUUAAUUAGCUAAAUUGAAAGUGGAUAGUAUGGGAGGAGGCAAUGGUGCUAGUGUAGAUGAAUCAUCCAACGGUGGAGAUGAAGUGAACGUGAACAUAAGAUGUUCUAACGGAUCGAAAUUCUCGGUCGGAAUUAGCUUAUCGGAGUCGGUUGAAACGUUUAAGACAGUGCUCGCAGGAAAGUGUGAUGUGCCGGCCGAUCAACAGAGGUUGAUUUAUAAGGGACGGAUCUUGAAAGACGAUCAAACCCUACAAUCCUAUGGCCUGGAGGCAGAUCAUACUGUCCACUUGGUUCGUGGUUUUGCACCAGCUGCAGCAGCUAACACAGCUCCUCCGAGCAAUACUGGAGGUUCAAACCCUGCUUCAACUAAUACAAGGGCUGUGGGUUCCAAUGAAGGUGGAGCACUUGGAGGAUCUGACUUAGGACUAUUUCCCGGAAUGCGUUUAAAUGGCUUGGGUGGCAGUGCUGGUUUGUUUGGCGCUGGACUUCCAGAGUUUGAACAGGUGCAGCAACAAUUGACUCGGAAUCCCAACAUUAUGAGAGAAAUAAUGAAUACACCUGUUGUUCAGAACCUAAUGAAUAACCCUGAGAUCAUGCGGAACUUGAUUAUGAAUAAUCCUCAAAUGCGUGAAAUCAUUGAUCGAAAUCCUGAGCUUGCUCAUAUACUUAAUGAUCCUAGCACCCUCCGUCAAACACUUGAAGCUGCACGAAACCCUGAGCUAAUGCGUGAGAUGAUGCGCAAUACUGAUAGAGCAAUGAGUAACAUUGAAUCUUCUCCUGAGGGUUUUAACAUGCUUAGGCGCAUGUAUGAAACUGUUCAGGAGCCGUUCCUGAAUGCAACCACAAUGGCCGGAAAUACUGGAGGUGACAGUGCAAAUCCAUUUGCAGCUCUUUUGGGGAACCAAGCAGGGAACCAAGCUAGCGAUGCGACCACUAAUCCAUCAAUUGCUAGUUCUGAGUCCACCACUGGUUCUCCAGCUCCAAAUACUAACCCACUGCCAAACCCAUGGACUGCUACUGGGACUGGUGGUGCCCUAAAUAAUACCGCAAGGUCGAGUAAUACUGGAGAUGCUAGGCCACAGACCCCUGUUGGGCUAGGUGGACUUGGUCUUCCAGAGUUUGACAGCAUGUUUGGUGCUAUGCCAGAUUCUAAUGUAAUGAGUCAGAUGUUGCAAAAUCCGGCUAUUUCACAAAUGAUGCAAAGCCUCCUUUCCAAUCCUCAGUACAUGAACCAGAUGUUGGGUUCUAAUCCUCAAUUUCGAAGCAUGCUUGAUUCCAAUUCCCAAUUUAGGGAGAUGAUGCAGAACCCAGAAUUUCUUCGUCAGUUGACUUCUCCUGAGACAAUGCAGCAACUUUUGACUUUCCAGCAAGCUCUGUUGUCUCAGUUUGGUCGGCAGCAAUCAAAUCAGGAACCUGGCCAGACUGGUGCUGGAACAGGAACGCCGAACAAUAUGGGCUUAGACAUGUUGAUGAACAUGUUUGGUGGCCUUGGGGCUGGCAGCCUCGCUGUUCCCAACAGAUCCAAUGUGCCCCCUGAAGAACUUUAUGCAACACAGUUGUCACAGCUUCAAGAAAUGGGUUUCUUUGACACGCAAGAGAAUAUACGAGCACUAAUUGCGACUGCAGGGAAUGUCCAUGCUGCAGUAGAGCGACUUUUGGGGAAUUCUGGUCAGUAAUUUAUUUAUAUUCCAUUUAUCUGGUAAGUGACCGUUUGGACUGGUGAAGUUGGUCAGUCUAGACCUGAGUUGUAUUCAAGCCCUCUUUUUGGGUAUAAAUAAGUUCUCAAUUAUGAUAGUUAGGGCUGUGGACAUUCUUGGUGUGUCUAUGAUCACUGAAUGAUCUUUUAUCCCUCUCCUCCCUCCUUCUCUCUCUCUAGCGAGGUCUGUCAGGCCAGAGUGUCUUGUACAUACUUUAUAUUAAGAUUUGUUAUAUGAAUUGUCUGCAAAAAUUCCUUUUUAA